ACAAGCUGACUGGAAAUUAGUGACUAUUGGUCAUCACCUUCAAAAGAGAAGCACAAGACUUUGUACUGAAAGUUGUCACUUCCACAAAACAGCACAGAGCGUAAGCCCUCUUUAUCUCCAUGACGGGGUACUCAGAGUUUUACUUCAAUGUGGACCAUGGCUACCUGGAGGGGCUGGUCCGAGGUUUUAAAGCUGGGAUCUUGACCAAUGCAGACUACAUCAACCUAGUGCAAUGUGAAACACUGGAAGACUUGAAGUUACAUCUACAGACCACAGACUAUGGGAACUUCUUGGCCAAUGAAACUGGCCCUCUCACUGUUUCCACCAUCGAUGACAAACUGAAAGCCAAAUUACUCACAGAAUUUCAAUACUUUAGAAACCACGCCUUUGAGCCACUUGCCACGUUUCUGAACUUUAUCACGUACAGCUAUAUGAUUGACAACGUGAUUCUGUUGAUAACUGGUACACUGCAUCAGCGACCCAUAGCUGAACUUGUUCCUAAGUGCCACCCUUUGGGCAGUUUUGAGCAAAUGGAAGCAGUCAGCAUUGCCCCAAACCCUGCAGAGCUAUUCAAUGCAAUUUUGGUUGACACACCAUUAGCUCCUUUCUUUCAAGGCUGCUUGUCUGAAAAUGACUUGGACGAAAUGAACAUUGAAAUAAUGCGAAACAAACUGUACAAGUCUUAUCUCGAAGCUUUUUAUAAGUUCUGUGAAAAACAAGGAGGCACCACAGCAGAAAUAAUGUGCCCUGUUCUUGAGUUUGAAGCAGACAGACGUGCUUUUAUCAUCACUAUUAAUUCAUUUGGCACGGAACUGAGUAAAGACGACAGAGAGAAACUAUAUCCAACUUGUGGAAAACUUUAUCCAGAAGGCUUACGCCUGCUGGCCAACGCAGAGGACUAUGAGCAAGUGAAGUGUGUGGCAGAUUACUAUGCAGAAUACAAGGCUAUGUUUGAAGGGGUAGGAAGUGGUACUGGAGAAAAGACACUGGAAGAUGCAUUUUUUGAACAUGAGGUAAAAAUGAACGUGCUUGCCUUCAAUAAUCAGUUCCAUUUUGGAGUGUUCUACGCUUAUGUCAAGCUGAAGGAACAAGAAAGCAGAAAUAUUGUCUGGAUUGCUGAGUGCAUUUCCCAGAGACAUAGAACCAAAAUUAACAACUACAUACCUAUUUUCUAAUUCAGAGAAUUUAUAGUUCUAGAGUGCACAAACAGAAAUAAUUCGUGAAUAUUAAAAAAGAAAAUUUUUAAAAAGUU